AUGGGGGACCAUCGGCAUAGUUUGCUCAGCAACCACCAAACCUCGGAGGCUGAGGACAGGUCAGAAAAGGGGCACUACAAUGACGCUCCGGGCCCUCAGAGUACUGUGUAUGAGAGCCUGGGCUCCAAGGACCUCAAAUACCAAGAGCUAGAUGAUGGGAAACUGGGCUUCGAAGACCAAGAAGAAGAAAUUCCCCCUGAGGAGGUGGCCGAGGAAGAAUUUCUGGAUGCUCAGGACCCAGGAGAAGCCCUCCAAGAGCUGGAGAGGGCUCUGGAGAAAGAUGACGAGGAGGGCGUGCCUGAGAUGAGCCGGCUGUCCAUCACCCAGAGGUUCCCCAGCACCUCGGUGGUAAAAGGGAAGAAGAAGAGGAGGAGACUUUUUGAGCUGGCGAAACCCAAGACCAACUGGCAAGUCUUGAAAGACAAGAUGGGGUGCUGCUGUAAGGGCUAUGCCUGGAUCUCCCCAUGCAUGAGGAACUUGAAGUUCUGUGUCUACUGGCCAUCCGUUUACUGGACAGAGAGGUUUCUGGAAGACACCACCCUCACUGUCACGAUGCCUGCAGUGUCCCGCCGAGUGGAGGAACUGGCUCGACCUAAAAAGUUCUACUCGGAGUAUUACAACAGCAAUAGGAUUACUCCCAUCCUGCCCAUUCCUCGGUCUACCUUGGACCACCAAGCAUCUAGUCGCCUGAGGGAACUGGCAACCCCGAGGGUCAGAAAUAACAUUUGGAGCAUGAACAUGUCUGAGGUGUCCAAGGUGUCCAGGGCAGCCCAGAAGGCCAUCCCUAGUUCAAGGAUCCUCCAGCUGGCAAAGCCCAGGACUCCAGCCACCCUGUUGGAAGAAUGGGACCCUGUGCCAAAACCCAAGCCACACAUAUCAGACUAUAACCGGCUCCUUCACUUGGCCAUGCCCAAGGCCCAGUCAGAGAAGUGUGUUCCUGACCGAGAUCCUCGCUGGGAGGUGCUGGAAGUCACCAAGAAGGCAGUGGCCAGUCCCCGGAUCAUCUCCCUGGCCAAGCCCAAAGUACGAAAGGACCUUAACGAGGGCUAUGACCGGCAUCCCCUCGCCUGUAUGAGCUUGCCACCCCCAAAAGCAUCACUAAAAAAGUGUGAGUGACCCAGGCCGGGCCUCUGA